AUGAGCGUCUUGACAGUAGCUGGGACAAACAUCCCAGAUCCCACGCUCUCCUACCCCUACUCACACUCGACCGCCCCAAUUUCCUCUUUGCCUCCUCAUCCCGCGCCCUCGGUGGCUGACGGCAUCUUCACUCGACCAGAGCGAAAAUCCUACAUCACGACUACAACCACUCCAAUAGCGCCAGCGCGAACCAUUCGCAAUCACCAACACUCGAGGACUAUCUCGUCCAACACCCUCCCCUCCUCCACCUCCUUCGUGACCUGCGCCCCGUCGCCCUCUCGCACCGGCCAUUCUCGCAUUCCCUCAACCUCUUCACACUCGCGCCAUUCCUCGACCUCAAAUAACACGAUGAGCAUGCACCGACAAGGCACGACCUCUUCAGCCAACAGCGUGCCGCGCCGUUCUACCUCUGGCCGCUCGACAUCCACUAAUAGCCCUACAUCCUACGUGGCGCUGAUGCGAAAACAGAAGGCUACGGUCUGGUGCGAUCGGGCUCAAAACAUUGACCCGCGACUCGCGGCUGCCCAAAAAGCAGCAAAACACCGUGCCGCACUUGAAGUCCAAGGAGCCAACCAGGGCGGGCGGACUAGCACCAUCUCAUCGGGCGGUGUGGUUGGCAAGAUUCGACACGGCGGCGUUCCCAAAGCCCCCGGCUACGUCCCGGUGAACCUCACGGGUGUGUCUGUGCCCGUGCGAUUAAGUGCCAAUGAGGCAUUAGGCGAUGAAGAAGAGGAAGGGAAAAGUCUGACUGGUGAUAACAGCAUGAUGCAUGCCCGAACUGGCAGUGGGAGGAGUAGUACCAAUAGCGCCAAAUAUCGAAGUGGUUAUCCAAGGCCUGACCAAGGACGAUUUAGCAGCACGAGCACACCGCCCAGCGAAGGCUCCCCUGGGCAAGGCAUUCCCGAAGAUUCAGAAACGACUGAAGAUGCGAAACACGACUAUUUCAACCAUAGCGACAGAUCCACGCCCGCUGGUAGGGAAAGUGAGGAUUCAUUUGGCGAGUUGAAGGAGCUUUCUGGGCCGAUUGCUGUGCAACGGGCACUGGAACAGGCGAAGAAAGCCGAGGAUCUGCGGAGAAGAGGGAGUGUGGAUGAGCGGACCAUGAGCAUAGGUCAGCCCAGCGUGAGGCUGUUCGUGGCGAAUCCAGAUAUCGACGACUAA